UGUUUACGUAUGUCGCACACACGUACACAUUUCUGUCUAGGCCUGUUUUGUUGUUUGUGUUCCUCAUCCUCACACAGAUUGGUUCUCACUCUCGCUUCUUCUCGUGUCUCUAGCGAAACGAGCCAGUUUAGUUGAUGUUCGUGCACCAAGCGGAUUCUUACUCGACUAAAGGCUGAAGAGAGAAGCAGCUAAUAUCCUUGAGAUAUAAAACACACAAACACACACUCACAUACAUUGAUAUAUAUAUACACACAUGCACACACACACACACACACAUAUAUAUAUAUUCAUAUAUAAAUCCAAUAAACAAUUUGUUGAGUUCGAUACAUCAGUGUCACCUUGAGGGCAAAAAGAGCCUCAAUAUCUUUAACUUCUCUUAAAAGUAGAAAACAACGAAAAUUAAAGCAAAACGAAGUUGUUCUAUUUUUUUUCAUUUAAUACUUUCCGCCGUUGGAAUUAUAUCAAUCGUGGAUUUUGUGGGUGUGAAGCAUAAAACAUAUUCUAGGGUCACAAGAGGAGUUUAAAAUGAGUGCCGUUGACGUUAUGUACCACCAGCCGUACCCUAGCAAUUUGGCCUAUUACCCACGAACUCCAAUCGAACAGAUGUUGUCGACAACUAUGAAUUCAAGGAAAAACUAAUAGAACUGCUUUUGGUCUCACUAAACUACACGAACCCAUGAAUCUUGGUUGCUAUUCUGCGCCCGGCAAUUCAAUCCUUAGCGUACCAGUCACAUCAUCGCCGCCUCACACUUUGCAUCUUCAUCAAUCGGAACAACAAGUGCAACCACAAACCCAUCCAAACCAACAUCUGAUUCCAGAGUCUGCUACAUCCACACCGCCCCAUGUAAAUAAUUCCAUUGACAGAAGUUGCCACAGCAGCGGUAGUAGCAGCAGUCUUGAAGGAAAUGCCAUAAAAGAAGAAAACAAUUCGGAUAAGGGAACCGUACCAAAAGAAACGGUUUACCUGGCAUCAAACAGCAUGGUACACAAUUAUUUCUCUGGGGAUUCUAAUCGACUCGUGGACGAACAUUUUGUAAGGGCACUCAGCCAUUAUCCGGGCUAUUCGAGCACAUCUUCCCAUGGUUCUUCAAUGUCACCCUCAGACAGAAACAAAAUAAGCCCCUUCAAUAAAGAUUCCCUUUCAAUGUCACAACGAAAUUUUCCACCUUCAUUUUGGAAUCCAUCUUAUCAUCAAAACAACAAUUUAGACUCUGCAGCAGCUUACUUGGAAUCGAACGCACUUUCAUUUAACCCAGCUUCUCCAUAUUUCUCCUCGGCAACUCUACACGGUAUUUCAAGCCUUCACCAAGCAGCAACAGCCGCUGCCGUUGCUGCUGCUGACCCUUGGCACUAUUCGUUAUCUCCGCACGCACAAAGUACAUACAGACCUACCCCGACAACUGCCCACGUUCACUACGACCUCUCAUACUCGUCAAUGGCCGCCGCAGCUGCUUCUAGUCGUUUCGCCAGUAGUCAUGGACAAUACGGUUCUUUAUUGAUGCCUCACCAUCCAGUACCUUCAUCACAACCUCCAACAGCAGCAGCGAUGCGAUCGUCAGGAAGCUACAGUUCCAUGCAUAGUCAAGCCUGUGAUAUUAGUGGGAAAUCUGCUGCAGAUUUACCAACGACAGCCAGACGAUUCACAGAUUAUCCUUCACAUUCCAGUAUCGAAACUGGAUUAGCAGGUGUUGAAAAUCCUGUUUCAGAUACAGGCAAAGAUAUGUACUGGUAUUAACAGAAAGUGACAAAAGAAAAAUAUAAUAGACAUAAAUAUAUAAAUAUAAAUAUAUGAUAAUCCAAAUUUACCAAAGAAAAAAGAAAAAAAAAAUUCCUCGAAAGUAUUAAAUGAAAAUUCUGAUUUGCAUCUCUUCGAACCAAGAAACUUUAUUCAGAGAAAAAUGAAACCAAGUAAUUCUUGAAAGAAUUUUUCACAAGGAUAUCAAUGAAUUUCAUAUUUUCUUAUGAACAAAACAAAACAAAACAAAAACUAAUAAAUAAAGACAAAAUAUAAAUGACAUUUGUUGGUUCCUUCCGGAAAGAAACACAAAUGGAACUAAAGAGGGUGAUAUCUCAGGUUCAUAAUUAUUAAUGUGAAGUGAAUUCCUAUAUUGUUUUCUGUAAUGGAAGAAUAAGAAAAAACCUUCCUGCUGACAA